UAAAGACACAAUAUUUGAGAAUAACGUUUACGAAAAUAUAAUUAUAAUAAAAUGUGUGAAGAAGAAAGUACUAAUUCAAGUGAAAAUCUAAUGAAACCGAAAAUUUCUGAUUCUGAAUUUAAAUUUGAGAUUUUUAUACCUCAAAAAGAUAUUUUUGGAAUGUAUCAAAAAUCUGCUCUAGAACUGGAAGAGUGGAUAAACGAUGCAAAAAAGCCAUCGGUACGUUUCAACUCCUCUUUCAAUGCUAGAGCUAACGAUCUCGAACAAAGAGGAAUAUUGACGUAUUCAAUGAUAGCUGAUAAUUCUUCAUUUAUAGAAAGGGGGCCAAUAAAGAGGAAAUUCGUAAGAUGCAAAUGCGUCCUUUCAGGAAAAUUGUUGAAAAAUAUAGAUGUCUUGUCAUUUCAUCACUACCUAUCAUAUCUUGACUUAUCGUGGAAUAAACUUAAGAACUUAUCGCCUUUGGGAGAAUUGCCCUGUUUAAUGUAUUUGGAUGUGUCUCACAAUUUGCUUGAGCGGGCCUUCAACUUCAAGGCUCCACACAAUUUAAUCUACGCAAAUUUUUCUCAUAAUAAUAUUAAAAAAUGCGUUCGUAUUUUCAAUUUUUGGUCCCUUGUGGAAGUCGAUUUAUCUCAUAAUUUUAUCAAGGAAAUUAACAGAGGAUUCUUGCAGUUAAAAUUUUUAAAGAAACUUGAUAUGUCGUACAACCUAUUAGCAGUAGUAAAACAUUUAGAAAAAUUAAAAAUUGUCUCUCUCGACUUGGAACACAACAACAUCAUUUACAAUAUCCAAGAUGAAUUUGCUGCCAGUGAACCUUCAGAGGCUGUGGACGAGAAAUGGCGAGAGGAAGAAGAGCACGAAUAUUCAGAAAACGAAUACGGUGAAGAAACAAGCGAAGAACUAGAUUUAAGUACUUUCGAAGAAGUGUGGGGAGAGUCGGACCAUGAGGAGGAAGAAGACGAAGAAGAGGAAGAUGAAGAGGAACGUGAACAAGAAAUCAAAACCGAAAUUGACAUAACCGACGGAUCACUACUGCAAGUGAUAUUUACCAGAAAAAAACACCGUCGUUUACCAAAUCUCCAAGGCUCCCAAACAAGAUUGAACACAGAAACUUCGUACCAAUCCGUUCCUGAUAAAGUAAUAGCGGCAGCGUUCAACAGCUCUGUGCUUCCUAUGCUAAAUCGAGCUUUUGGAGGGAGGAAGAAAGUGAAAAAGAAAUUGAGCAUGCCAUUAAAUUUCCAGUUCAAUACUUUGGAACGUUUAACAUUCGUUAAUCUGGCAAAUAAUGAACUAAAGCGAUUGGGCAUAUUCAAAAAUGCUUUCAAUUUAGAGAAAAUUGUAGUGUCACAGAAUCAGAUAAGCGAUCUCUCUGAAGUCAGAAAUUUGGAAGGUUUAAGAUUUUUACUGGAACUUGAUCUUCAACAUAACCCUAUAUGUUCUAAUAAAUAUUACCAUAAAGUAAUUUUACAUUCAGUACCACAUUUGAGAAUUCUUGAUGGCGUUCCAGUGGAAAUAGUCAAAAAGGUGGCCACCGAUGAAAAAUUCAAGCCAAAUCUAGAGCUGCAAGCAGCUGAACGAUUUGCAAAGUUGCAAAUCAUUACCCAAUUUACAAAUCCUCCCAUCACUGCCAUUUUACCAGUGUCUCAACCUCCUCCUCCGCUUAUUGUACUCGUUGGCUUAUUUGGGUGCCGUCACGAUAUUCUUGCGAACAUAUUUUACGAAAAUAAUAAAAGGCUUUUGGAAAUGGCCACAACGUAUACCACUAACCCUCGAAACAGUAUCGAGGCUACUUUUUGUAGACAAGAAGUGAUAGUAUCAGUGGAAAAAUUCGAUGAAAUGGUUAGAGAAGGAAGGUUGAUUACUGUAUCCGAAGAAAUAGGUUUUGACAUAGGAAUUUCUUCAAGGGGGUUGGACCAAGUCUACGAUAAGGCGUUUUUGUUGUAUACAGAUCUUGUUAAUGCCCUGACUUUACGAUUUAGAUGUCUAAGACCUACCCUGAUCCUUGCUUUGCCAGAAACGGAAGAAUUACACAUAACGUGGCUUUGCAAACCGAGGAAAUCGGAUAUAGCAAAUUUAACCGACAAAGCUCACAAACUCUCCUUACCAACUGAUGAAUUUUGGGAUCAUGGCGAGGAAGGGCCAACGUAUGAAAACUACGAAAACCAAUAUCAACCAAAUGCUUCAAUGUUUGGAAAUGGUGAAUUUGAUGAGAAAUGUGCUGAAGAUGAACAAACAGAGUGUCCAUUAUUUUUCUUGUCUCCUGCUACAUUAACUGAAGACGACCAGAAUGAAGUGACAAACGAGGAAAGGUCGAUUUACAAAGAUGAGUUUUAUUCGACGUUGGAUACUUCGAAUCCCAACGAAUUCACUAUCGAAGAGGAAACUGAAAAAAUAGAAGAGAGUGAUAGUACAAAAUUGAACAAGUUUUGUAUUAAGAAAAUAUUACAAACUAGACGUGAAUAUUUAGAAUUUCAUGAGGAAAAUCCCGGUGUUAUCGAAGAAGUGGUUUUUACAAACAGAUUGGACCAAUCGUGUGAAAUUCUUGAUAAUGUCCUUCUAAAACGUUUAGCAGAUCAAAGAAAACAACGCCCUGUAUACGAUUUGACCAAAGAUCCUUGUUAUAAAACGAUGACCGAUCACAAAUUACGUAUUUUGUCGACCGAAACCAUGAAAUUUGAUUUUUAGUUUGUAAUUGAAAUUUCUUGUUGUUGUUAAAUAAAAGUUGCACUUUUCAAUA